CUUCACCAAUUGGUAAAACUAACAGUCCAAAGGUUUCAACUACACCGAAAAGUAUGCAGAGAAGAGUAUUGGGUAUAGUAUAAGGUCGCAAGAUAAAAAGUUAAUGAUGCUGGAUAGCAUGUGUCAUGGAUUGGGUCACCUUGUCUCUAUAGCAGUUGAGGUGAACUUUAGACACACAAUUUACAACCAAAAUUUUAAGAUAGAAAAAAAUUAAGCCAAGGGAUAUGGUACCGAAAGAUUGGUAACAGACGUACGAAUUUGGUUCUGUAAGCCUUUUUAAGCAUUUAAGAAGGGUAGUAAAUCUCAUUGAACACGAUCUGCGUAUAUUGGAUAUACCAAUUGGAGUAGGAUCAGUUUAUCUUGACAUGUUUUUACACGUCAAUGCGUGGUCAUUUACAGGAGUGAGACGCUUUGCUAUCAGAAAAUCGGCAUGUCUACAAGAAGUUCACGCUUGUCGGAGAAAGGUGCUGUGUAUCUCAAUUAUGGAUUUGACGAUACGUCAUCUGGUGAUAGCAAAUGUGCCAAAGAGACUUCAGUUGCGGAUAAUUCCAAUCCAUCGGUGGCAAUACAAGCGGAAACGUAUGAUCAACAACGAGAGAACUGGGAUAGCCCAGUUGAAUUUCUUCUAUCGUGUAUUUCAAUGUCUGUUGGGUUAGGUAACAUAUGGAGGUUUCCAUUCGUGGCCUACGAGAAUGGUGGCGGUGCCUUUUUAGUCCCUUAUCUAAUCGUGCUGGCCUUCAUUGGACGACCGCUCUAUUUUCUCGAGAUGGUCUUGGGACAGUUUUCCAGUUCAGGAUCUGUUAAAAUUUGGGAUUGUGUACCGAUUGCAAAAGGUAUUGGAUAUGGGCAAGCACUGGCUACCUGGUGUGUCGUCACAUAUUACUGCGUCCUGAUGGCGCUGUCCUUCUUCUACCUCUUUGCUUCAUUUCAAGCCGUGUUGCCCUGGACGGAAUGUGACCCAGAAUGGGCCACUGAGAAUUGCUACAGUACCACAGCUAAUCUAUCGGUGUACAACCUGACGAAUGAGAGUGUAUCUAGUGCAGAAGAAUAUUUCAAAAUUUAUGUAUUGAAGAAAAUUCCAAAUAUGGAUUCUGGGAUAGGUGUUCCAGAUUGGCGUUUAACACUGUGCCUUCUACUUUGCUGGAUUUUAGUAUUCGCUAUGCUAGCUAAAGGAGUUUCUUCAUCAGGAAAGGUGGCCUACUUUACAGCUCUCUUCCCUUAUGUUGUGCUGAUCACGCUGCUAAUAAGAGGAUGCACUUUACCUGGAGCGGGCGAUGGUAUUUUAUACUUUAUCACACCUGAUUGGGAAAAAGUCUUGACACCAGAUGUUUGGUAUGCAGCGGUAACUCAGUGCUUCUUCUCUCUCUCUGUGGGGUUUGGACCAAUUUCUACAUUUUCGAGUUAUAAUCCAUUCCGUCAUCCAAUUUACAGAGAUUCAACGAUAGUCAGUCUCGCUGAUACUUUUACUAGUAUUCUAGCUGGAGUUACGAUUUUUGCAAUUCUCGGUAAUUUAUCUUACGAAACAAAUCAGCCUAUUGAGAAUGUCGUCGAAGGAGGCACGGGAUUGGCGUUCAUUUCCUACCCAGAGGCUAUUUCGAAAUUUGAUUCUGUCCCCCAGUUGUUUGCCGUGCUGUUUUUCCUGAUGCUCAUAACACUGGCUAUCGGUAGUGCCUCCGGACUUGCUGGAUGCAUUAUUACAAUCCUUAGUGAUGAUCUCCUUCAGAUUCCUCGAUGGAUUAUCACAGCAGUCGUUUGCGCGGCCAGUUUCCUUAUUGGACUUGUCUACGUUACACCGGGAGGCCAGUAUAUUCUAGAUCUGGUCGAUUACUUUGGCGGUGGAUUCAUUAUUUAUGUAAUGGUGAUCGCUGAAACCAUUGCUGUAUGUUGGUUUUACGGUCUUGAGCAAAUCGUCAAAGAUAUUCGUUUCAUGUUGAGUUUUGGUCUGGGAAUUUAUUGGAAAUUAACUUGGUGUAUUUUCAUCCCAAUUGCCCUUGCAGUCAUUUUCAUUUAUGCAAUGGUUGUCUAUGAACCGUUAAAAACGGAUGAUGGGGAACCUUACCCUCCUUCAGCAAACGCCGCUGGAUGGUUGGUGGCUGCCAUUGCUAUUCUCCAGCUUCCAAUCUGGGCUGCUUACGUCAUUCACAAACAAAAGGGAACAACCUGGUUUCUGAGAUUUAAAGCCAGUCUUCUACCAGCAGAGGAAUGGGGACCUAAAGACCCUGAAACUAAACGGCUCUGGUUAGACUACAACAAGCAGUUCGUGCGCUUCAGUUGGAUUCCCAAUCCAAAGUGGUUAAGCAACUGUAAAUCACGUUGAAAUGUUUGUAUAAAAGAAACCUCUUAGAAAUUUAUUUCCAACAUAAAUUAUAUUGUGCUCAAAACUAUAGAGUUUAAACCAUUUUUAAUAGCGUUAAAUUCUAGAGAUGGAAUAUGAAAUCGCCAAUGUGGUAAUGAGAAAAUUCUAAGUCGCUGCUGUUAAGUAUGAUAAAAAUCAUUUUCUUUUUUAUUAGACAAUGCUUCAUAUUUGAAAAAUAAUUAAAUAGCAGAAAAGAAUGUCAGACAAUACGAAUUUUCAUUUCGCAACUUGACGGACAGGGAUAAAGUAGGAAAAACAAUUUAAACUAUAGAACAGUUUUUGACGUUAUUAGAAUUAUUACGCAAUUUACAGGAUGGUACUUGCAAUUGGAAAUAUUACAAACACAGCUUCUAGAACAGACAGUAUUUAGAAGGAUGUAUAAUGUGAUGUUAUGUAGAAAAUUUAAACACAAUACAUUUGCAUGCGGACAGUAACAAUUUUGUUUUACAUAAAUGUUUUUCAUGUAUAAAAAAAUGGCAUGCAUCUUCUCGAAUUGGCAGGAAAAGAA